CGCGGGCCGCCCCUCGCAGGCGCGGCCGGGCCCCGCGCCGCCGCCCGCGGAGACCCGAGCCGAGGAAGGAUGCGCGCCGGGCGGGCGGGCGCCCACGGCUCCGGGGCGCGAGGGCUCUUCCUCGCAGGGCGAGGCCGGGGGCGGGCUUUGCGCGGGGCGGGGACGCGAGCCCGUCAGAGCGGACGGCCCGUGCGUGUGCUGUGCCGGCGCGCAGGACCUGUGCCCCCUUUAUUCUCGGCGCGCCCCUGCGAGCGGCGCCUGCUGCCCGUCCCUCCUUACAGGCAGGGAGAGGGGGAUCCCGGAGAGGUCUUGCAGCUCGCCUGCGGUCACAACCAGCAGGCUGGGGAGCGGGAUCUGAAGCUGGACAGGGGGUCUCAGCUUGAGCUCCUGGUCACUGUACUACCCUGUCUGCCCUUGUGGCCCUCCUGGGCUCUAGAGCCGUCGCCCAGGUGGGUCCUGGACGGAGAGGUGGCUGCAGGUGCAAAGAAGUGGCUGGAGUGGAGGAGAGAGAUGGAGCUGGUGUCCGACGUCGCCUACUUUGGCCUCACCACACUGGCAGGCUACCAGACCCUCGGGGAGGAGUACGUCUGCAUCGUGCAGGUGGACCCGAGCCAGGGCCGCGUGCCCUCGAGGCUGCGCCGCGGGGUCCUGGUGGUGCUGCACACCGUCCUGCCCUACCUGCUGGACAAGGCCCUGCUGCACCUGGAGCACGAGCUGCAGGCCGAUGGCGACGGCACCUGGCCCUUGCGGAGCAGUCCGGCCCCCGGUGCCCGCGGCCGGUCGGGGGCCAGGCUCUGGGUGCGCCGGUGCAUGGCUGCCCUGACGGAGCAGCAACAGGCGUGGCUCCUGCGGGCCGUGGCGGUGCUCAGGCAGGGCCUCGGCUGCCUCCAGCGGCUCCACGUUGCCUGGUUCUACAUCCACGGCGCCUUCUACCACCUGGCCAAGAGGUUUACAGGCAUCACCUACCUCCGCGCCCGCCGCCCGCUCACAGAGGCCCCGCGGGCCCAGGCCGGCUACAGGCUGCUGGGGCUUGUGUCCCUGCUGCACCUGGCGCUGGCCACGGGCCUGCAGCUCCACGGCUGCCGGCAGAGGCAGCGCGCCCGGAGGGAGUGGAGGCUGCAGCGCGGCCUGUCCCACCGCAGGAGCCACGCAGAGGAGAGAGCAGUUUCCAGAAACUCGCUGUGCUCCCUGUGCCUGGAGGAGCGCAGGCACUGCACGGCCACGCCCUGCGGCCACCUCUUCUGCUGGGGGUGCAUCACCCACUGGGCCGACACCAAGGGAGAAGUUCCUCCCCCAGAAGCUGGUCUACCUGCGGCACUACUGCUGACCCGACGGAGCCGGGAGGAACCCAGGAGUCUUUCCUGGCGUCAGGAGGAAAAGUGUAUUCUCAGUGUUGACUUUACUUGCACAGAAAUCAUGAAGUUCUCAAGUCUUCUAUUUUUUGUCAUGUAAGAUACCAUGCCAGCCGCCGGGAAGGACGAGCGCUGGACUUGGCCCUGGCCGGGAAAUGGUUGCUCCAGGCUUUCAGGGCAGGUUGGGCGGGGCCUGCAGGGCUGCCAGCCAGACGGCCGGAGGUGGAGGCCCAACCUAGGGCCCCACAGCCUCAGCGCCCGCACAGACCUUCCCUGCCUUCAGACACCAGGCCCACGUGCGGGCGGGCCGGACUGAGCGGGAGCGAGGAGCCAGCAGCGGGCCUUCCCAGCGAGCCUCGAGCCUUGCCCUCGUCUCCAGUCACUGGAGCCGGCUGCUGGGGGCGAGGCCGUGGCCGUUCCCGGAGAGCGAGGAGCCGGGAUCGCCCCCCCCCCCCCCCCCGACACGUUUGACAGGUGCCUUCAGAUAAACAGCAGGUUUGUUUCCUGUUUUAGAAAACGGGAGCCUGCGUCCUGGCCUUGCAGCAGGAGGGGUCUCCCCCUGCACGGAGCGCCUGGUGGGCCCCAGCCAGCCUGACCCACCGAGGCCACCCAUCUCCAAAGCUGGUGGCGGGCCAGCUCGCCUACCCUGGGUCACCGCUGUGUCCAGCCCGCUCCCUGUCACCAGUUUAUUUUCAGGCUUAGGUUGUGCAGAGACAGGAUGUUGCCACAGCACCGAUUCCACGGAAGUGCUGGUGUGUUAGCGCCACAAGGUGAACAGGAGCCUGUGUGGGAGGGCCUUCCCAGGCUCCACGGCCACUUCUCCACAUGACUGGGUGGACGCCGUCCUCCUGGGUGAGAGGAGGGCAGCCCCUCUAGAGACAGGCCGUGACUCUGGGCCCUGCUGUGGACAGGCAGGAGCCCUGGGAACCUCCAUGGUUCCCAAACCCCUUACUUACACCCUCACCAAGUGCCUGCAAUUGCCCAUCGCAUCUUAGGCCUGUGCGUUUACCAGGAAAACAGUAUGAAAGAUGAAAAGAAAAAGUCUAGCACUUGAACACCUGAGGUGCUGCAGUGUGGUAGUAAAAGUACUGAUUUGGAUGUCGUUUACACGUGGGGUUUAACAUUCAGGGUCAGGUACACAAACGGUCUUCAUGUGGCCCCGUGAAAGCAGCUCAAUUUCAGCUGUGCCAAAACCAGCACAAGAGCCGGCGGGGGGGGACACUGGGUGUCUGACACCCUAAGACGAGUGGAGACGGUGCUCAGUGCAGGGGAUCGGGAGGGGCCCCCAGCAUCGCGCCCUCCUUCCAGGGAGGCCGUGCUCCUCCACCGCGCCUUCAGGGUGCAGGAGUGGUAGCGGGUUAGGUAAAGACUACACGAGAGCGGGGGCAUUGUCUUUAAUAAAGUUGGAAUUAAAAAGUCACUUAGUAAAAUGUGUAUGAGUGUCGGUUUUUAUCACAUCAAAAAAGUUGACAUGCAGGGCAGAGCUGUUUCCUCAUAGAAAGUGAGAAGCGUGUGUUAAACCCACAGGACUGGCCGCU